UUUGAACAAGUGAUAAAAAUUUGGCGUGUUACAAGAUAAAUAUUUUAUAUGUGAGGUGUAAAAUGGAAUAUUCGAUCAGUUAAAGGUUGGCAAAUUGUGAUAAAAGUCUUAUAAAAUUAAUCAAAAAUGCCAAGUUUUAUAUUUUUUUCGUUAAUUUUUACCCUAUUAACAAUCCUGAUUAAAGGUGAAGUAGUCGAUUUUGGAUCAUGUUCGGAAUCUGCAAAGUGCACCAUCCACGAGCUCCGUAUCAACCCGUGUCCGGAGGUGGCCAAACACAAACCGUGCGUUUUGGUGAAGGGUCAAAACGCGACCAUUUCGUUUGACUAUACGGCUGGGUUUGACGCAAAAGUGGCCACCGCCAAGGCAUGGUGGACGAUGCCAAGUUUGGAUUUGCCCUUCAUCGGGAUGGACAACGAUGCGUGCAAAUACACCGGAUGUCCAAUUGUGGCAGGAAGGAAGCAGACCUAUUCGUACGAGUUGCCGAUUAUGAAGAUUUUUCCGAGUAGAGCUUAUGACGUCAAGUGGCAGCUUCUUAAUGAAAAGGGAGAGCAGUGUUGUUUCAUCAUUCCAAUUGUGAUCAAGAAUAAACGAGGAAGGAUCUGAUGAUCAUAGCAGUGUUAAUAUUGGACGAUUUAAUAAAUAAAUUGAAUCCUCAUUUCGA